UGUGUGUGUGUGUGUGUGUGUGUGUGUGUGUGUGACAUCAUGUACAGCACACAGUGGCGUCAUGUCUGACCUGUGUCUUGGCCCACAGAGGGUGUGAGGAGACUGUUCUCAGGAGCCACCAUGGCCGCCAGCAGAGGAGCGAUGGUCACUGUGGGUCAGUUGGCGUGUUAUGACCAGGCCAAGCAGCUCGUGCUGGGAACAGGCAUGAUGGGAGAUAACAUACUCACGCACUUUGUUUCCAGCUCCAUCGCUGGAGGCUGUGCUACAUUCUUGUGUCAACCUCUGGAUGUCCUAAAGACGAGGCUGAUGAGCUCAAAGGGAGAGUACACUGGGGUGACGCAUUGCUUAAGAGAAACUGCCAAGCUUGGUCCUCUGGCAUUUUACAAGGGUCUCGUCCCCGCAGGGAUCCGCUUGAUUCCUCACACGGUGCUCACCUUCAUCUUCCUCGAGCAGCUCAAGAAAAACUUCGGCAUUCGCAUCAUCUCCUGAGCACGCUCUGUGACAAGCCGCUCUUCAACCCCCCCCCCCACCGACAACACCCUGUCAGCGCUCUGCUUUUGGCAUUAACAAGAAAAGAAAGGAGUCGUGCACAGUUUAUUUUGGACUCGUGCAUGUUUUUCGUCUCCUUUUUGCUCUACCGCUAUCUCACAGCUAGCAAUGGCUUUGAUUAUUAUGAGCACCAACUUCUAGAAAGAACUAAUGCUAAUGAUGUCCCUCUGUCAGCUUGGAUUAUCAAUAUGUUAAGAAAGGGCGAGCUAAAUAUGAAGGUGCUUCAAAUGGGGUUAUUAGAGUGACCUGCCGGAUUUAGAGAGAAGAUUUAAAUUAGCUCUGGCAGGUGUUUAACGUAGUUGUCCCCAUGUAGGUGGGGUUAGUUGGACAUAUUGAGAUAAAGUAUUUAUUUUAACUAAUUCCAAAUCAGAUGUAGUGAUUUAUGUUUUAUUUCUCGAUACUUACGCCCAGUUCAUCAGCGGUGAACAGCGCCUUCAGGGCUCAACAGUUGUGGCUUAAAAAGUUAGUGUCACGAAUGUGUUUCCUAUUAGUCCUCUGCAACACCUCACUGGUGUCGUAUAAGACCGGGACAGAGUCUGUGAUACAGCAGAAGUAGAAAAUGCAAACAAACACAGUUUAGCCUUAUCAUCAGUGCCAUCUUUUACAAUCUAUUCUAUUUCCCAAACAGCCAUUACUAAAACAUGAUUGAUUUACAUAGUAAUCAUUCCCAACAGUUGUGACCCUGUGUGAUGCACCCUGAAUUAAAUGGUUCAUUUGUUUGCUUUUUCUUCACAAAAUGAAUAUUUUAUAACUGGAAAUCAAUUACUAGCAGGUUCAAAAUGUUACCUUUGACCCAAUACUUCAUUCCGAUUCUUCUUUAAUCGUUUCACGCUUAAAUCUUUUGGAGAAGAGGACCAAGUUUCUGUUGUAUUGUUUUUAAGUGAGGAGGGAGUUUGUGGGGAAACUGUGAAGCAGAAAGAGCAGACUGGUGAAGGUAGAUUUGGUAGUGUCUCCUUUAGUGUUCCAGUGAAAUUCUAUAUGACCACUUUAACUCCUAAAGGUUCUGACUGUAUGACUGGAGAUGUCUGUAGAGGACAUUUUAUAAGGCACUUUAUCAAAAACCCUGGACUCACGCUGACUAGACCCGCUGCAUACUGUAACACGCUCUAAAAGUAAUAAAGAGAUCAGAUGUUUUGAGUUUAAUUUUAAUGGUUCCAAUAGAGGCCAAUCUGUAAUGUUUUUGACAUGUUGCGUGCCAGUUAUUGUCUCAGUGAUGUACUGCCUUCUCUGUGCUGUGCCUGCUCUUUUGACGGAGACUUUGUCAAGUCAUGGUGCCUUACAGUGUGUGUCCUCCAGGGGGCGGUAUGUGCCCACAUCAACAAUUGGGCAUCAUGUGAAGCCCCACACCUUCAUCCAAGGGUUUUUAAACCACAAGCUCAGAGCGACCUAAAUAAUGUGAACCUGCAUGUUCUUAUGCUCACGCAUCUUAACACGGUGAGGUACUGUAGAUCAGCCAUAGUGACUAAUGUUAACCCCAGCUUUAAUCAUAAUGCACAGACAUUUAACUGGAGGGACCCACAGUUCUGGGUGUUGUGAAUUUAUAUUUUGUAGAUUACCAAUUGUUGAUUUUGGAAUUAAAAUACUGAUCAAUAAUGUGUUUUUGUGUUGUUUCAUCAUCUACUUUGGUAAAACAAUAAGCCAGGCUGUAUACUUUUAUUUUGGUUGCAAAUCACUCCACGUUUAUAAUUUGAUAAAACAGCUGCAGGCCUUGUGAUCAGUGUUCAAUCCAUGUAAUAAAAGCAAAAAAAGUUA